AUGCGCUUUGAUGACAACCGUUGGACCGGAGCCGUGAGCGACUGGGUUCCCCGCGAUAUUAAGCGCACUACAGGAAGACCGCCGACCCGAUGGUCAGAUUUCUUCACGAAGUCCUUCAAAGAAAAAUAUGAUGCUCCUCGUGUCCCACGCGAAAGGAGGAACCACUGGGCUACUCUGGCACGCGAUCGGGACAAAUGGAAGAAUUACUGGCGUCCGCUGGACCAGUUCGAAGAUCAACGGGAGUCAAUGUGA